AUGAAUGAUGAUUUGUCCAAGCCAAUUAAUACUCUCUAUGCAUCGCCGAGUGUUACAACAUACAAAAAUCUUAAUCCAGCAUUCCGAAUCUAUGAAAUUGAUCCCGGAAACAAAUACCAUGUAAAAAAUUUUCAUACUUACUUUUUGAAUCUUACAAGUAUCUCGACAAAUCCUUCUACUACACCAAUUUGGGAAUUAUUAUAUUCAGCAAAGGAAGAGUAUGGCAUGAAUGAUUUAAGUCCAGAAAGUUGGGAUUCUCUGAUCGAUAGGAUCAUUUAUGAACCAUUGUUUUACAACAAAUUUAUUAGAAAUAGCAAUCGUCGCGAUGAUUUCAUCUGUGACAGAGAAUGUCGAUUUGAUUCGUUGUGCUUUCUGCGUAAAGGGCAUCACAACGAUACUUUAUGUCAAUAUCUUUUAUCAGGAAGUAAUACUCGAAAUCAGUUCUACCCUCAUCCUUUGAAUCCAUUUAAAUCACUGAAAUUCACAAACGUCCCUGCUUAUUCAACAAGCUUCAAUGCAUUCUAUGAUGACGGAGAG